AUGCCGGUAUUGCAAAGCUGCGUUACUGAGGCAGUGACCGAUGCUGAUAAGGCAGAGAUGUUAGCGCAGGAGUUUGCAAAGAUCCAUAGCUCGGCUAAUUUAAGUGACACUAUGCAACAGUUCCGGGAAAGUGUUCGUUCUCAAUAUCCUGGAGUUCUGUCUCGGAAAGAGGAUUUUAGUGGUGUACUGGACACGGAGUUCACGCUACAGGAACUGAAGGCCAUGAGGAAAAUCAACCUGUGGUACCCAUUACGCAUGAUUGUUUACAUCAACAUCAUUGUACUCCUAGAAGUUUUGGCUGUGUGUGUGCUAGAGAGGCAGCAGAACUGGGUGUCUGGGGAAUCAGUUACAGGAGAAGCUGUGAAGAAUGUGAGAGAUGUGCAGGAGGUAAAAGAUGCGCAAAAGGUGGAAGACAUCCAGGAAGAGGAGGAUGUGCAGCAGAAUACUGAUAUGCAGGAGGUGGAAGAUGUACAUGUGGAGGUGGAAGACAUCCAAGUGGGGAAAGAUGGGCAGGAGGAGGAGGAUGUGCAGGAGCAGGAGGAUGGGCAGGAGGAGGAUGUCAGUGAUGACAAAUUUGCCCCAGCAUGCCAACGAAAGUUCAAAUCGAAGCUCAGAGAUAAAUAUCGGAGAAUUACUGAAGGGAUAUCAGGCCAUGUAAAGUCAGCACUUCUGAAUGAGAUCUACACAGAGCUCUACAUCACAGAGGGAGGGGGUGGAGAUGUCAAUCAGGAACAUGAGGUGAAACAGAUUGAAGCUGCAUCCAGGAAAAAGCCAACAAAGGAAAGACCAAUCAAAUGCAACGACAUCUUUAAACCCUUACCAGAACAGAACCAGCCCAUCAGAACUGUACUGACUAAAGGAGUUGCUGGAAUUGGAAAAACAGUCUCUGUACAGAAGUUUAUUCUGGACUGGGCUGAAGAAGAAGAAAAUCAGGACGUUCUCUUCAUAUUUUCACUUCCUUUUAGAGAGCUGAAUAUGAUGAAGGAGAAGAAGCUCAGUCUGGUGAACCUUCUUCAGCACCUUUUCCCAGAAACACAAGAUUUAAAACCAAGACAUUUUAAGGGCUACAAAAUCAUGUUCAUUUUUGAUGGUCUGGAUGAGUGUCGACUGCCUCUGGAUUUCCAGAACAAUGAGAACUUGGUGAAUAUAGAAGAGAAAACCUCAGUGGAUGUUCUGCUGACGAACCUCAUCAAGGGGAAACUGCUUCCCUCUGCUCUCAUCUGGAUCACCUCUCGACCAGCAGCAGUCAGUCAGAUCCCUCCUGAGUGUGUUGACCAGGUAACAGAAGUGCGAGGUUUCAGUGACCCUCAGAAACAGGAGUACUUCAGGAAGAGGAUCAGAAAUCAGCACCUGGCCAACAAAGUCUUCACACACAUCAGGUCUUCAAGAAGCCUCUACAUCAUGUGCCACAUACCAGUCUUCUGCUGGAUUACAGCCACUGUUCUAGAGAGAAUGCUGAGUGAAGCUAAAAGUGAAGAAAUUCCCAAAACCCUGACGCAGAUGUUCACACAUUUCCUGAUCUUUCAGAUCAAACACAAGGGCCAGAAGUACAGUGGGAAUAGUGACACUGAUCCUCAGCAGACUAGAACAAGUAUCCUGGCUCUGGGGAAACUGGCGUUCCAGCAGCUGGAGAAAGGAAACCUGAUCUUCUAUGAGGAAGAUCUAAGAGAUAGUGGCAUCAAUAUUAGAGAAGCGUCAGUGUACUCAGGAGUGUGUACCCAGAUCUUCAGAGAGGAACUUAACCUGCACCUGGGGAAGGUCUUUAGCUUUGUACAUCUGAGCGUUCAGGAAUUCCUCGCUGCUUUAUAUACAUUUCUCUGCUUCACUGACAGAAGCGUCCUGAAUCAGCAAACCACUGAAAACCAAAACAGUGAACUAUCUGAACUCUUCAGCAAGGCAUCGAUGACUGACUUCCUCAACAGUGCCAUAGACAGAGCCUUACAGAGUAAGAGUGGACACCUGGACCUGUUCCUUCGUUUCCUCCUGGGUCUCUCUCUGGAGUCUAAUCAGACUCUAUUACGAGAGUUACUGACCCUGACAGAGAGGAUCUCUCACAGCAAUAAGAAAACUGUCAAAUACAUCAAGAAGAAGAUUGAGAAGAACUCCUCUCCAGAGAAAUCCAUCAAUCUGUUCCACUGUCUGAAUGAACUGAAUGAUCAUUCUCUUGUGCAGGAAGUGCAAAAAUACCUGAAGAGAGGUGGUGACCGUCGUCUUCAACAGGCCAGCCUCUCUCCUGCUCAUUGGUCAGCUCUGGCAUUUGUGUUGGUGAACUCAGAAGAAGAGCUGGAGGAGUUUAACCUCAGUGAAAAUUAUCCAUCAGAGAAGUGUCUACUGAGAAUGCUGCCAGUGGUUGAAAUAUCCAGAAGAGCUGUGUGA